UUGUUAAAUAAGAAACGGAUAACAAAAUAAUAAUAAUACAAAAAAGAAAAAAGCAAAAAAUUAAAAUUAAUACUUAAUUAUAUUUGACACAAAUGAAUAGCAUUUAAAUAGUAAGUAAAUAAGAGGCAGUAAAUAAAUUAAAUAUAAUCCCUACGUUACACAAACACACAAGCGAACAAACAGAAGCAAACAAAACAAAACCGCAACAACAAAAUAUUUAUAGCAAGGAAAUUAAGUAAAAAUUUAUGCAAAAAUAGAAAUGUUUCAUUUCCACAACUCGGUAAAUAAAAGCAAGCAAAAUAACAACAGUAACCACAACAACAACAACAAAAAUAAUAAUAAUUAUAAUAACAACAACAAAUAUAUAAGCCACAAAAUGCAUCUGCAAAGUGCAAAAACACUGAGCCAAAGUUUCGGAUGGAUGCAAGUCUUCCUACUACUGACACUCUUCGUGAUUGGUAAUCAAAGUGCCUGGCAGGAGAAUAUACGACCAAAACUCUAUGUGGAAUUAGGUCCCGAUGAUAUACUGAAAUUUCUGGGCAACGAGAGUGUCGUGGAUCACUUCAAGCUCGUCACCAAGGAUGGCAACAGCCUGCUCAUCGGUGCCAGAAAUACCGUAUUUAAUUUAAGCAUACACGAUCUCGCGGAACAGCAACGUCUGAUAUGGACGUCGCCGGAGGAUGAUACCAAAAUGUGUCUCGUCAAGGGCAAAGAUGAGGAGGCCUGUCAGAACUACAUUCGGAUCAUGGUGGUGCCGUCGCCAGGUCGUCUGUUUGUGUGUGGCACGAACUCGUUUCGGCCGAUGUGCAACACGUAUGUGAUCAACGACAGCAACUACACGCUGGAGGCCACCAAGAAUGGUCAGGCUGUGUGUCCCUACGAUCCACGACACAAUUCCACCUCGGUGCUGGCGGACAACGAACUAUACUCAGGCACUGUAGCCGAUUUCAGUGGCAGUGAUCCGAUUAUCUAUCGUGAGCCUCUCCAGACGGAACAAUAUGAUAGCCUCAGUCUCAAUGCGCCAAAUUUUGUGAGCUCAUUUACGCAGGGAGAUUUCGUGUAUUUCUUCUUUCGGGAAACGGCGGUGGAAUUCAUCAACUGCGGCAAGGCGAUUUAUUCGCGCGUCGCACGCGUCUGCAAAUGGGAUAAAGGCGGCCCGCAUCGUUUCCGCAAUCGCUGGACCUCGUUCCUCAAGUCUCGCCUGAAUUGCUCCAUACCGGGCGACUAUCCGUUCUACUUUAAUGAGAUACAAUCGGCAAGCAAUCUCGUCGAGGGACAGUACGGCUCCAUGAGCUCCAAAUUGAUUUACGGCGUUUUUAAUACGCCAACAAAUUCAAUUCCCGGCUCAGCGGUUUGUGCUUUCGCCUUGCAGGACAUUGCCGACACAUUCGAGGGACAGUUCAAGGAGCAAAGCGGCAUCAAUUCCAACUGGCUGCCAGUGAAUAACGCCAAGGUUCCUGAACCGCGACCCGGCUCCUGUCACAAUGAUUCACGAACACUUCCGGAUCCCACAUUAAAUUUCAUCAAAACACAUUCACUAAUGGACGAGAAUGUUCCGGCAUUUUUCGGUCAGCCGAUUCUCGUGCGGACGAGCACAAUCUAUCGCUUCACACAAAUCGCUGUCGAUGCCCAGAUCAAAACGCCCGGCGGCAAGACAUAUGAUGUGAUUUUCGUUGGCACAGAUCAUGGCAAAAUCAUCAAGUCAGUGAAUGCAGAGUCAGCAGACUCGGCGGAAAAAGUGACCUCAGUGGUCAUCGAGGAGAUCGAUGUGCUGCCCAAGAGCGAACCGAUUCGCAAUUUGGAAAUUGUGCGCACCAUGCAAUACGAUCAACCGAAAGAUGGCAGCUACGACGAUGGCAAAUUAAUCAUUGUGACAGAUAGUCAAGUGAUAGCCAUACAACUGCAUCGAUGUCACAACGACAAAAUCACCAGCUGCAGUGAAUGCGUCGCAUUGCAGGAUCCGUAUUGUGCCUGGGAUAAAAUUGCUGGCAAGUGUCGCUCGCAUGGCGCGCCACGUUGGCUCGAGGAGAACUAUUUCUAUCAGAAUGUGGCAACGGGUCAGCAUGCCGCAUGCCCCUCAGGUAAAAUCAACUCGAAGGAUGCUAAUGUGGGGGAACAAAAAGGUUUCCGCAAUGACAUGGACUUGCUCGAUUCGAGGCGUCAGAGCAAGGAUCAGGAAAUCAUUGACAACAUCGAUAAGAACUUUGAAGGUCCACAAAUCUCUGCAGAUAUUAUCAAUGCACAGUACACGGUGGAAACUCUCGUCAUGGCCGUCUUGGCUGGUUCGAUAUUCUCGCUGCUUGUGGGCUUCUUUACAGGCUACUUCUGUGGCCGUCGUUGCCACAAGGAUGAAGACGACAAUCUGCCUUAUCCCGACACUGAAUAUGAAUACUUUGAGCAGCGUCAGAAUGUGAACAGUUUCCCAUCCUCGUGCCGCAUUCAACAGGAGCCAAAGCUGCUGCCCCAGGUGGAGGAGGUGACGUAUGCGGAGCCGGUGUUGCUGCCACAGCCGCCGCCGCAGAACAAGAUGCAUUCGCCAAAGAACACGCUAAGGAAGCCACCGAUGCACCAGAUGCAUCAGGGACCCAACUCGGAGACGCUCUUCCAGUUCCAACCCGAUGGCUACAACACACAGCAAACAUAUCGCGGACGCGACAACUUUGGCACGUUGCGCUCGCACCAGGUGAUGGGCGACAACUAUAGACGCGGCGAUGGCUUUUCGACCACUCGCAGCGUCAAGAAGGCUGUAAACAACACAAACACACGUAACAGAAGUCUUGGUCGCGCAAGAAGACAGCCGCCCCGUCAUGGUAUCGUAACUCAGCACCGUUCAAAUAGCCCACAGCAGCAGCAACAGCAACAGCAGCAGCCGCAUUCCAGCUCCGGCUCAUCGCCCGUAAUGUCGAACAGCAGCUCCAGUCCAGCGCCGCCAUCCAGCAGUCCCAGUCCGCAGGAGAGCCCCAAGAAUUGCAGCUACAUUUACCGUGAUUGAUUGAUAUGUAACACCAAAUCGAUGCCACUCAUCCAGGCGCCAACUCCUCCACCUCCCCUUGGUUCACCUCCCCAACAGCAACAACAUCAGCAACACUUCCAGCAACAGCAACACGCAAAGGCUUCUUCUACCAGCAAACAGCUAGCCAAGUCCAUGCCUGUUACACCCAUUCAGCCGCAGUCGCCCACAGAUUCAACAACCGCUGUCCAGCAUCAUUUCAUGGCCAUGCCACGUUCUCCCUCCUACGAGUUGUACGACGCUGCAACAUCGCGUCCUCCUCGUCCUCCGCUCUUUCGUCACGCUCACUCGCAGUCCGAUGCCGCCGCCUUCCGCCUGCAGCAACAACACUACGAGGACUAUGACGACGACGACGAUGACGAUGGUGAAGAGAAUGAGGAUGUGGAUGAAGGUGAAUUGGAUGACGAUGUCGAGGACACUUCAUCGUUGGCCAUGAUUACACCGCCGCCGCCGUAUGACACUCCUUUGGGUGCUGCCUCCACUUCUGCGGCACCACCGCCGUUGCCACCGCCACGCAAAUUUCGCUUUGGCAAUCGCGAGCUGUUCAGCAUGAGUCCGGGCACACCCAAAUCCAAUGCCAUAACGCCCACAAAGCUCAGUGCUGCGGCUGCGGCCAUGUUUGCCACGCCCCAAAUGGCACAGCUCAAUCGCAAGUGGGCGCAUCUGCAGCGGAAGCGGAGGCGAAGGAACAGCAGCAACGGCGACUCCAAGGAACUCGAUAAGCUCGUCCUGCAAUCCGUCGACUGGGAUGAGAAUGAGAUGUAUUAAAAUCGGUAAAUAAGCGCAUUUCAUUUUACUCACUCCUAAUAGUAACUACUACUACUACUACAGCAACUAACUCCAAUCGUAGCAAACAGCAAAACCUAUAGAAUAACUAUGCAUAACAAACAAAUGUAUCGAUAGUAAAUAUCGAUAGUAACAAUCGUCUGUGAAGAUUGUACUUUCUGUAAAUUAACAUUAGCCUGCGAUACACACUCUUAGUCCCCCUCUCCCCCCACACACAUUGAAACACGAUUUUUGAUAGCCAUCCAAAUUUGCAGUUAAUACGAGAGCAUUGUUCAUUUUUUGCCAAUUUUAGAUGCGACUUUACAAAAUACGGCAAUUAUUAGGCAGGAGCAAACUUAGCACGCAAGCCAAACAACAUUUAGAAUUGUACAGGAACAAGCAAACUUAUAUAUAGUACUAUAUAACAUUCUUAGUUAUAGCUGGGGGUAGUCUCAAAUGGAUCGAUAUAUUUUCAACUUUUCAAUUAUUUUGUAAUAUUUUGGUAUUUCAUGAAUACUUGUCCGAUAAUCACAAAAUCUGGUCACAUUUUUUGGUUGGAUUUAAAGGAACUCCAAAAAGAAAGAUAUAAAUCAAAUUCAUAAACAGUUGACCGAUAAUCAUGAAAUCUGGUCACACUUUUUGGUUUGAUUUGCAGGAAAUUCAAAAAUGAAAGGAAUACAUAAAAUUCAUAAAUACUUUUCCCAUAAUCCUGAAAUCUGGUCAAACUUUUUGGUUAGAUUUGAAGAAAACUCCAAGAGAAAGGUAUGAAUGCAUUUCAUAAAUAACUGUCCGAUAAUCUUGAAAUCUGGUCACACUUUUUGGUUAGAUUUGAGUAUCAAACCUUUGAAAAUCUAAAAACGGGGAAGUAUAAAUCAAAUUCAUAAAUACCUGUCCGAUAUUCAUGAAAUUUGGUCACACUUUUUGGUUCGAUUUGAGGUAGCAAUCCUUUGGGGGAAAUUCGAAAAACGGGAAAGUAUAAAAUCAAAUUGCUGGAAUGGCUCGCUGACAACAACAUGAGAUCUAGGUGCUUAUACAAGUGCAAGUUACAGUUAGAAAUUGCGAUACGUUUUUAUUCAUUUUGUUGGCUAAUAGACAACUCACACAAAUAUACACACACACUUGCACACUUACAUGCAUUUGUAGCUGUUUAUCGCUGUGUGUAGGUGUUUCCCAAUAUUUAUACAAUACUUGAUAAUAUAAUAUCGCGCAUACGCCCCAUAUGGCAGGCAAAACUAAACAUUUAGUCGCAAUCGAAAGGGAAUAGUUUGCAAUUUUUGAAAUUAUUACAGAUUUAUGAUAUAUCUACACAACCAGCAGAAGAAGAAAACAAUAAGAAAACAAAACAAAAAAAAACUGCAAAAACAAUUAAUAACAAUGAGAAUUAUACACAGGAUUUAUAAAAUAGUUAUAUUAUAUAUAUAUAGCCUAUACAACAGCAUACAUAACAUAUACUUAUAUAUACCGAGAGAGCUGCUAAUUAUAUGCGAAAAGAUCAACUCGAGACAGCUAAGUAGGAACGCAAAAAAGGGCAUUAUAUUGUUAAAGGACAUUAUAGGAAUGGUCUGAUCGGAGAUGGCAUGCAUAUUUUACACGAUAUUACUCUAUAUACAUACAACUAGAACACAUACACUUACACUUAUGUACAGUUUUUGAACGAGAAACAUUAGGGAUUUCGAAAAAUGCAAUUUGUAAAUAGAAAAGAUAUUAAAAAGAAAGAAAGAAAUAAAAAGAAAAACACAACAUACUCGUAAUACAAAAUAUUAUACAAGACAUACAUACAAUUUUUUGCAUUUAACAAAAACGACGACAAACAAAAAAAAAAUAGUAAAAAUAUACAAAAAAGCAAAAGUUAAGAAAAUACAAAAACAAAGAAAAGAACAAAAAAAAACGAAACGCUUAUUACUGAUUUACAAAUAAGUAAAAUACCAAAAUAGUAAGAACGAAAGAAAAAAGAAAGCAAACAAAUUAGUUGUAAAAUUACUAAGAUAUGAAAUUACAAUACAAUCCAUUUAUAGUUGAGAGACAGAGAAAUAUUGCUCCUGUUUUGCUUUGAUUUCGAUUUCACGUUCGAUUUCGAUAUCGAUUUACGAUUACCGAUUAACGAUUUACGAUAUUAUGCCUAAGCUUAUAUGGAACUGCCAACAGCUUACUCAUCAUCAUUAUUAACUACAACACAUUGCUUGACUUUAUUAGAAACCGAAACCCAAAACCCAAAAGAGAAGUAGAUGAUCCACACAUGAUACCUAUAUAGCAUAUAUAGCAGACCGAAUAGGAAUAAUCCCACUCUCCCUCUCUAUCUCUAUCUCUUUAACUGUGUUGGUAGUGGCCAGGCUUUGUUUUGUUUGAAAGUUCUCAAGGAACAAGAAUAUAUAUUAUAGGAAUAUUUGUCAAUUUAAUUUGCAGCCUUCGAUUUGAUAAUGCUUAACACUUAAUCCCCUUAUUAAUCACUCAACUUAUAUACAUAGAUAAACAUUUGAACUAGCUAAGUAUACAACUUGUAAAAAAAAAUGAAAAACUUGUACAGCAGAGUGUUUAUAGCAGCAACUGUACAGAUCAAUGUGUAUGUGCGAAAUGUGCCAUAAAAACGAGAAGGUUAACCGAAGACUAUAUACCCAGUCUAUAUAGCAUCCGAUAUAUUACUCUGACCUAUCUCUUCUUUAUUUCCCUCACUCUUAUUUGAGAUGAAAGCAAUUGGCUUUUUUAACUUUUUGAGUGUACAUAAAGAGAGGGAGAUUUGCAAAAGAAUAAAAAACAAACACGUUUUGUUCACGAUUUUGUUGUUUGAAGAAAAGCGAGAAAUUUCUUAUAAAGUGAUCGAUCAAAACGUAGUGAAAAUCAUAACGUAACAUUAGCUAUAGAGACUUUACAAGUAAUCAAUAUAUAUAUAUAUAUAUACAAAUAUAGUAAUCGUUAGCAUUUAGGGCGUUAAUAUUACGUUUCUCUUUCGAAGUGUGAGAGGGGUGAACGAAGGACCUUUUGUAUAAAGCUUGAGGAGGAGGAGGAGAAGCAGGAGAAGGAGGAGGAACACCCGGUAAACAGAAUACAGAAUAGAGCAGCAAUAAGCUAAAGAGACAAGAUUUUGCAUUGCACAUAUUAAGGCAAAAUGAAAACGAAAACGAAAGCGUAGUAAUAUCUAAAUCAAAGCAAAUGUAUAAAGAAAUGAAAACAAAAAUCAACUAAUACUAGAAUAAAAAAAAAAAAGAAAUGCAGUAAAUUCGAAACAAAAAUAUUAAGCAAACAUUUCCCAAAACAUUUCUUCUGGCAAAAAAACAAAAA